AUGGGUGAGCAACCAGAACUUAGAGAAGUAUUUUCUCCACCUGUUAGAGUGUUGAGAGAGCUCAUCCAUGGAGGAUUGAAGACGAGAAGAAGGAUUCUUGGAGUCGAAGCCGAAGAAGAUAUUCAUCCGCCUUCCAUCGACAUGGACGUUCCCUACAAAUAUUUUGCAGGCAAGACCGUGUUGAUAUCGGGUGCCACCGGUUUCCUUGCAAAAGUUCUAAUUUUAAAUUAUUCGAUAGCUUAUGUGCAUGGUACGAGGUCAGGGCUCUUGACAGAAACACCCUUUCGAAUGGGGGAGACACUUAAUGGAGCUAAAAUUACCCGACUAGAUAUUGACGAAGAGAUGGAAAUAAUGAAAUGGAGUUUGAAGGAGCUUCGAUCUCAAAAUGCAUCUGAAAAAGAAAUAACAUCAGCGACGAGGGAGUUGGGAAUCGAAAGGGCGAGGUUGCAUGGAUGGCCAAACACAUAUGUGUUCACAAAAGCAAUUGGAGAGAUGCUUUUAGGAACAUUCAAAGAAAAUGCUACAAUGAUUAUAUUCCGCCCAACUAUUAUAACAAGUACUUAUAAAGAUCCAUUCCCCGGUUGGUUAUCUAACAACAGAACUAUUGAUGCCAUUUUUGCUGCUAUCGGAAAAGGGAAGACCAAUGUUUUCAUCGGAAAUCCACAUGGUACAGUCGACAUAAUCCCAGGUGACAUAGUUGUUAAUGCUAUGUUGGUAGCCGUGGCGUCACACCAUUCGGUCCAACAAUCUCAUGAUAAGCUCUAAAUUUAUCAAGUUGGUUCAUCCUUAAGAAAUCCUGCAAAAAUUAAGGAGGUUCUGUCUCUAUCCUAUCGUUUCUUGAAGAAAAAUCCGAUGGUCGAUCAUAAAGGAAAACAAGUUAUUGUAGGCGAGCCGGUUCUGUUGAGCUCCAUGUCGAGAUUUCACAUAUAUCUUAACCUUCGCUACUUGCCAUUUAUCAUAAUUUUUGAAACUAAAGUCUUCGAAGUUAUCAAGGAAGAAUUUGGGAGAGACUUUAACCAAGUUAUAGAGGAGAAGCUGGUUGUUCCAAUUUGUGGCAAUAUUUCUCUUGAGAAUUUGGGAAUUGUCGAUCCAAUAUUGACAACUGAAAUCAUUCAAAAAGAGGUAGCGAAAGGCCAAAAAUCCAUGUAG